GAGCCAGGACUCCUGGGUUCCAUCCCAGCUCUGCUCCCAGGUGUCCAACCUGACGGUGGAGAACCAGACGUUCGCCGAGGCCGUGGACCUGCCAGGGCUGGUGUUUGCGGUAACCAAGUUUGACGGGAUCCUGGGGAUGGGGUACCCCGUCCUCUCGGUGCGUGGGGUCACCCCAGUCUUCGACAGCAUGAUGGCGCAGGGGCUGCUGGACCAGAACAUCUUCUCCUUCCACCUCCGCAGGGGCUCGGUGGAGGAUGGGGGCGAGCUGCUGCUGGGGGGCAUGGAUCCGGGGCUGUACGAGGGGGAGCUGCAUUAUGUGUCCGUGUCCCGCAAGGCCUACUGGCAGAUCAAGGUGGACAAGAUCCGGGUGAAGAAGUCCCGGGGGCGGCACGGGCGCAAGGGGCCGGCUCUCUGCCGGGGGGGCUGCCAGGCCAUUGUGGACACGGGCACCUCCCUCAUCACUGGGCCCGUCAAGGAGAUCAAGCGGCUGCACAAAGCCCUGGGGCCCUUCCACGCCCAGGGGGGGCAGUACCUGCUGGAUUGCGACCAGCUCCCAGGCCUGCCCGAGGUCUCCUUCGUGCUGGGCGGGAAGCCCUUCAACCUGACGGGGGACCAGUACAUGCUGAAGGUGAGGCCCCCCCGGGGGCGAUGCUGGGACAGGCUGGGCCCAUGGUGGGCUGGGGGCAGCUGCUGGGAUUGUCUAGCCUGA